GGUAUCAUCGGCACCGGCCUCUUCCUCGGCACAGGCAAUGCGCUCGUCAAAGGCGGCCCCGUUGGCCUUUUCCUCGGCUAUGCAAUCUACGGUUGCGUGCUGAUCUGCAUCAUGCAAGGCAUCGGCGAGAUGACGGCCUUCCUCCCCGUCCCCGGUGGCCACUUGACGUUCUGCGGCCGCUUCGUAGACCCCGCCCUCUCGUUCGCGGUCAACUGGGCGUACGCCAUCCAGUGGAUGCUCGUGUGUCCCGCAGAACUCGUCGCCGUCGCCGUGCUCAUGAAUUACUGGGUCGACGAUACCAAGGUCAACAACGCUGUGUGGAUCACCGUUGCUCUCGUCAUUAUUGUUGUGCUGAAUUGUUUCCCGGCGUCCGUGUAUGGCGAGACCGAGUUUAUCUUUGCCUCGAUCAAGAUUAUUACGAUCGUUGGUUUGAUCAUCUGCGGCAUCGCCAUCAACUGCGGUGCCAACUCGGCACACGACUACAUCGGCUUCCGCUACUGGAAGGACCCUGGGCCCUUUGGCGUGAAAUAUCUCGGACUCGGGGGCUCGACCGGCCGCUUCCUCGGCUUCUGGGCCGUGUUGACCCAGGCUGCGUUCUCCUACUUCGGUGCUGAGGUCGUCGCCGUCGCCGCCGCCGAGUCCAAGAAUCCCGGCCGCUCCAUCCCACGCUCCAUCCGCCAGGUCUACAUCCGUAUCUUCAUCUUCUACGUGCUCGGCACAUUCAUUAUCGGUCUCAACUGUCCCUCCAACGACCCCCGUCUCGGCACGACCAGCGACGCGUCCGCCUCCCCCUUUGUCAUCGCCAUUUCGCGCGCUGGCAUCAAAGUCCUCCCCCACAUCAUUAACGGCUGUCUCAUCUCCUCGGCUUGGUCCGCCGGCAACGCCGACGUCUACAUCGCCGGCCGCUCCCUCUUCUCCCUCGCCAACCAGGGAUACCUCCCCAAAUGGUUCGUGUACACACUGCCGAACGGCACGCCCAUCGUCGCGUCCAUGACCGCCGCCGCGUCCGGCCUCCUCGCAUACAUGGCCGUGAACGCCAACGCGAACAAGGUCUUCAACUGGUUCGUGAACCUCAUCUCGGUCGGCGGCAUCAUGAUCUAUGUCGGCAUCGCAUGGACCUACCUGCGCUUCCGCGCGGCCUGCGACGCCCAGGGCAUCGACCGCCGCCAGUUCCCCUUCCGCUCCCCCUUCGCCCGCGUCGGCGCGUGGAUCUGCGUCGUCGCGCUUCCUAUCAUCGCCCUCUUCUCCGCCUGGCAAGUGUUCAUGGACACGGAGAACUUUGACAAGGCGACGUUCAUUACCAGUGCGUCCUCUCCUAACGAAUCUCACCCAGACUACCUCCCCGCCGUGCUCGUGCCCGGCGCGUACGUCGUGCGCAAGUUGUACGCCAAGACCAAGAUUAUCCCGCUCUUGGAGGUCGACCUCGCAACCGGCGCGCGCACCAAGGCCGACGUGCUCGAGGAACUCGACGAGGCGCCAAAGGGCUUCGCCGGGUACAUCCACCGCUUCCUCUUCUAGUCUGCAAAUGCUGGACGCGGGCGCUAUAAUGUAGCCGCGCCCGUAUAAUAUGAAUGACUAAUCUGCG